AUGAUAACACGAGGAAGGCAUGUUUUCAUUUAUGGAAUAAUCAGCUUCUUUCUAUUGAUUUUAUUAUUUUAUAAAGCUGAUCAGACAUCUCGUUAUCCUCCAAUAACGCCUGUUCAAACUUCUACAUCUGAAGAAUCUGGCUUUCUCGAAACUCAUGAAAAUUUGAAGAAAAGAAGAAGUUUAGAAGACGUCACAAAAGAAAUUGUUGUUCCGAAGCAGAUUCAGUUGGUCGAGACGCCUCUCGUUCCGGUGGAGAUCUCUCUAGCUCAAAAUAUCCAAGCUCCCGAGAAGAUCAGAUUCAAGUUCUUGCAAACCACGAAAGAAUCGAAAACUACAACUUCGGAAUCACCAUCAGUUGACAAUAGCUGUGAAUGUAUCUCAAGUCGGACCAGGAAGUCAUAUGAUUUCUGCUAUAGAAACCCAAAGAACCCGUCACUGAUCGGAAAGAAGUUCAACUGCAGCUAUGUGAGCGCUUUGGAAGAUUUGAAGCUGAUCGAUUCAUCGGAACAAAGUCUGGUUGAUAUGACAAAGGCAGAAAGAAACGAGAAAGAUGUCAUUUUUGUAUCUGCCAUAUCUUCUAAUCAUUUCGGGAAUUUCAAGGAAAUGUAUGCAACGAUCAAACGCCAUUGGCCUAUGCAGAAAAUGCUUCUCUAUUCACUAGAUUUGUCUGGAAGUCAAAUCGAGACACUUGGAAAAGAGCCAAGUGUGGAAAUUCGUAAAUUUGAUUAUUCGAAAUAUCCAGAAUAUGUCCAGAAUUGGGCGGAAUAUCGGUUCAAAGCAUUACUUUUAGCGGAAGCGAUAAAAGAAUACUCAAAUGUUUGGUGGAUUGACUCCCAUUUCCGAUGGUUACAACCGAAACCAUUGAAUCAGUUUUAUGGAGAAAUAGCAACAUGUUUCGGUAAUGUGGAUUGUGAUAAGAAAUCUUCCGUUAUGAUGUUCGUUAAUUCCACGCACAGUAACUUUGCAGUUCUUACUGAAGGAUUACUUGACUAUUUCCCAACGUUUGGGAUUGACACUUUGAAAUACAAUGAUAAAGGACUACAGCUUUCUGCAGCAUUUGUAUAUCUAGCCAGGACACCGUUCACAUUGGAAAUGUUGAAAUGGCAUUCGCUCUGUGCUCUGGAAGAAAAAUGUAUGAAACCCCCAAAAGCGAAACUGAAAUGUGAUAUCAUUCCCGCAUGGGACGUCUAUGCUGGAUGUUUCCGAUACGAUCAAUCAUCAAUCAACUUACUGAUGUUCAAUUCGUUCCGAAACCACAAUCAUUACUUUAUGGAUGUUGGAUCAAUUACAAGAACAUACAAUCAUUACUAG